AUGGUAAAGGUUAAAUCUCUCAAACCUUCAUUGGAUUUUCGACGUUCUGUUUCAAAGGACAAAAUAUCAACACCCAUAGAGACGAAAGCCCCACCUCCUUCUAUUUUACCACCAAAAAAAGUAAUUAAGGCGUUAUAUGAUUAUACGGGUAACGGAACAAAAGAAUUAUCUUUUUCUAAAGGUGAUUUCUUUCACGUCGUCGGUAACGAAAAUGAUCCAAAUUGGUAUGAAGCAUGUAAUCCUGCGACUAAUGUACGAGGAUUGGUUCCUGUUUCCUAUUUUCAAGUAUUAGAAAAAAGUAGUCGAUUUGUUGAUGACAAAGCUGAUUCUGGUAAUACUUUAGAUGUACAAAAACCUCAACCUUUAUACGGUAUUGUUCUUUAUGAUUUUGUUGCGGAAAGACCUGAUGAAUUGGACGCUAAAGCUGGUGAACCUAUUAUUGUAAUUGCUCAAUCAAAUCAUGAAUGGUUUGUUGCUAAACCUAUAGGUAGGCUGGGUGGACCGGGUUUAAUUCCUGUAGCUUUUAUUGAGAUUAGAGAUCACGCUACUGGUAAAGCUAUUGAAAACAUUCAGGAAUUAAUGGAUAAAUCUGUUGUUCCAAGAGUUGAAGAAUGGAAAAAAAUGACUAAAGAUUAUCAAGAAAAUAGUAUUUCAUUAGGUCGUUUAGAUCCAAAGUUAGCUCCUAUGGCUUUGGUUGAUCAACAAUUAGCACCUGUAUCUUCAGAUUAUGAUCCAAAACAUGUACCUGUAUCCUUAGAUUAUGAUCAAAAUUUUGCACCUGGACCUCCCGAUUAUGAUCAAAAACUUGCACCUGUAUCCUCUGAUUAUGAUCAAAAACUUGCCCCUGUGUCUUAUGAUGAUAGUAAUAAAAAUCCAGAUACUUCUGGAUUACAUGAUUCAGUUCCUCUUGAAUAUUAUGAUUAUUCCCAAGAAGAAAUCUUCGAUAAUUCUGACAAUUUACCUAUUAAUUCUGAUCAACAAUUUGGUCAUUACGAUUCUGGUACCGUUCCUAAUGAUGAAGAUAUAAUUUCAGCAUCAGUUGAAUCAUUUCAUUUUGAAGAUGGACGGUUUUGGUUCUUGGUUCGAGUUGAAUUAUUUUCUGGAUGCUUUCGUCUUUUAUAUCGAUUAUAUGAAGAUUUUUAUGAAUUUCAAAUUGCACUUCUUGAUAAAUUUCCUGAUGAAGCUGGUCGAAAUGGAGAUCAACGUAUUUUACCAUUUAUGCCUGGACCACUUUCAUAUGUUAAUGAAAUUAUUACUGCGCAAAGACGUGCAGAUUUAGAUACUUAUGUUAAAGAAUUAUUGAGAUUACCUUCUUAUAUUUUAAAAGAUCCUUUAAUAGAUCAAUUAUUCGGUCUACGAGAUGGAGAUAUUGAAACACCUAAUGAUCCUAGACAACCUAUGGGAAAUGGAAGUACAACGGAUCCUGAUCCAUUACCUCCGAUGUUAACAUAUCCAGUUAAUCAUACACCUAUUACAUCUCAACAACAAAGAAAAUUACCACCUCUAAGUGGAGGCGGUUAUAAUAAGCAUAAUACAUCAUCAUCUUCGACUGGUCAAUCAUUUAUCAAAUCACCACGUGUUCAUGAUGAGUCCUCUAAUAAUUCAAUCCUUUUUUCACCAAGUGCAAUAAGUCCAAAUUCAGAAAAUAAACAAACUUUUAUGAAAAUCAAGAUAUCAUACAAAGAUGAUAAGAUUGCUAUUCGAGUUCCAUCAGACGUUACUUAUGCACAACUCCGAGAGAAAAUAUGUGAUCGUCUAGGAGAACGUGUGUCAAGUUUGUCAUAUAGAGAUGAAAAGACUAACGAAGUUAGUCCGCUCGAGGAUGACGAUGAUCUUAACAUUGCAUUAGAUAAUUGUCCAAAAUUACUCAUUUAUGCUGCUUAA